AUGGCGGGCAGCAAAGGUUCUGAUGAAGAGAUCCAAACCAGUACUGUUUCAGUUGAAUCCGAUGAAAGUAUUCAAGUUCACUAUGCAAAGCGAGGAGAGGAAAUCUCCAAUCUUCCUCAGGAAGACACUAUCGAUGGCUUCCGGUCAGAUAUGGCUGGGAGAACUCUUCUCACAGCUGAGGAAGAGAAAAAGCUAUUAAGACGCGUGGAUUGGCAUUUAAUGCCAUUGUGCUCACUUAUUUUCUUGUUUAAGAAUUUAGACUCUGACAAUGUCUCAAAUGCACGAAUCAUGAACCAAGGAACUCAUCAGAAUAUCAUGACUCAGCUUGGCAUGACAUCCGAUGAAUACAAUCUGAUUCCAUACAUUGUUGGAGAAGCGCCGUCAAAUCUACUACUCAAACACUUUACGCCAUCAAAAUGGCAAUCCAGAAUCAUCAUUACAUGGGGCAUUUGUCUGAUGCUGCACGCAGCAGUUCACAACAAGGGCGGCUUGUAUGCCACACGGUUUCUGCUCGGCCUUGCGGAGUCCGGCCAAUUUGCAGGUAUUCUUUUACAGAUGUGUUACUGGUAUCGACCAGAUGAAAUGUCCUUGAGACUCUUGUAUUUCUGUGGCCUGUUGGCUUUUGCCUUUGAUCAUGCAUCAGGCUCACACGGGCUUUCAGGGUGGCAAUGGUUAUUCUUGACAGAGGGUGCGAUUACCGUUGCUUUUGGCAUUGCUGUGUGGUUUCUUCUCCCAGAUUUCCCGGAAACCGCCAGCUGGUUGACAGACAAGGAAAAAGCCUUUAUACAAGCUCGGCUACCUGCAAAUGCACCACGAGCCAAAGAACAGAACUUCAAGUUCAGUGAAAUCGUUGACUCACUCAAAGAUGUGCGACUCUGGUUAUUUACGUUGAUCUGGGCGAUAUAUACCAUCGGCACCAAUGGCGUGCGCUUCUAUCAGUCAACUGUGAUUGCGAAUUUGGGCUUCACGAAUAUCGCUACUGCACAAAUUCUCAAUAUUCCGAUUACGGCUACUUCCUUGAUUGUGAUUGGCGUCUCCGGAGUAUUUGCUGACAGCGGCCGAUAUCCGAGACCGUUGUAUCCUCUCGGGUGCUUAUUAGUUAUCAUCGCCUGUUAUGCUGUGUUGGUCGCAUAUCCCAAUAACGCAGGGGUUUAUACUGCUACCUUGAUUGGCAACGCUUUCGCAGCAAGCUGGUAUCCCCUUAUGUGGCCCUGGCGAGUCCAAACCACGAGUAGAGCCACGGGUUCUGCAUUCUCCAUCGGUUUUGUUAAUUCAUAUGGCCAGAUUGGAGGUGCCAUUGGGCCUCAAAUCUUCAGAAGCAAGUAUGCGCCUCAUUACACGGUUCCUUUUGCUGUGGCCAUGUCUUUGGUCGCCCUGUGUUUUGUCGUUACCACUGUUACGUGGUGGGUCACGCGGCAUACCGAGAGAGACACGAGGAGGCUCAAGCUGGCACGCAAAGCUGCGGAAGCCAGGAACGAGACGGUCUUGGAAGAUGUGGUUGAUAGAGACUUGCGCUAG